CUCGUGUUGGAAGCAGUAACUCCAUCCACAGGCUCGCGGGGGAAGGUGGAGCCGAGCCCAGCUGAGUUCGGGCGGAGGCGGGUUCACCCUGAGCACGUGGAGCAGUCGGUAACUAUUCAUCAAAACAUCACCGUCACUUCGCGAACGCCAGCGGUCUAACUGCAAACCUUCGAGCAGCCCAUCACAAGCCUGAAGUUCUGGCUGCGGCUCAGACGGGGUUCCUAUUGGUCCAGAGUCUCAGCUUUGUUCCGUGCGGAGACAGAGUCAGGGGUCAAAGGCGACCUUUGAGUCACGCGGCGCGAGUUGACUGGGAGCAGCGAUCUGGGAAAGCUGUCCCCGUUAAAAUCACCAGUCCAUCAGUGUGAGAGAAAGCGGGCCGCGAUCAGGGACAGAGGACGGUGAUGGAGCAGCGUAAAGCUCGGGCUGUGACUCUUUCCUUCAGCGUGGAGUCGCUCAUAGCUCGCGACAAAAACACCAAGGAGCGGCGGAGAAGCUGCGAGUCACCGCAGCACAGCGCGGAAAAAGUGCCCCAGCUCUGCCUCCGACCCGCACUCAAACCCGAGCCUGAGGAGGGACAAGCUGCCUGGGUCACUCACUCGGAGUUUUCACACACACGGCAGGUGAGCUCACAGUGCGCACUACGCAAACACAAGUCCAACCGCAAGCCACGCACACCCUUUACCACAUCUCAGUUGCUGGCACUUGAGCGCAAAUUCCACCAAAAGCAGUACCUCUCCAUUGCUGAGCGUGCCGAGUUCUCCAACUCACUCACGCUUACAGAGACUCAGGUGAAGAUCUGGUUCCAGAACCGCCGUGCCAAGGCCAAGCGACUACAUGAGGCUGAACUCGAGAAACUCAAACUGACUACUAAAUCUCCACUGAGCCCAUGCCCAUCCUUUGCUGUGGCACUGCCUGUUGGCCAACCACUCUAUAGCAAUUUGCUUCCUUACCAAAGGCCCCUGGUGCCUGUUUCACCACUUGGAGUGUACGGAACACAACUGGGAUAUGGUUUGUAUCACCUGGCAUGAAUGGAUGUAAUGGAAAUAGAAAAAAAACUAAAAAUAAAUCCAGUCUGUGAAUGCAAAAUACUGGAUCAAUCAGAGAUCUCAAAAGUGCCUGAUGUGGAAAGAGGAGACCUUUGCCUUUAAUCCAUAACUGAUGGAUUUGAUAUGAUUCAGUGUGUGGGUGGAUGCAUCCAUUGUUUUGUAUUUAUGUGUGUAUGUGUGUGUGUGUGUGUACAGUAUGUGACUCUUAUUCAUCUUAAUGUAUUGUACUUCACAUUAUUCUUUAUAUAACAUUGUUUUAGUGCUACAACUGAUUAUCUGCUGUUUAAAUUUUUAUUUCAAUUAGCAUUAUACCUCAACCUAAAAACAAACUGCAGGUUAACUGUUAAAGCUGAAGGUUCAAUACAUAUGUUUUUGAAUGUAACUGAGAACCUUUGAUGGUAAAUUGAUAAAACAUCAAUUUAUGUUACGCCUCCCUGGGGAGGUGUUCCAGGCAUGUCCCCCGGGGAGGAGGCCCCAGGGAAGACCCAGGACACGUUGGAGGGACUAUGUCUCUCGGCUGCCCUGGGAACACCUCGGUGUUUUUCCCGAGGAGUUGGCCAAGGUGUCUGGGGAGAGGGAAGUUUGGGCUUCCAUGCUCAGACUGCUGCCUCUGCAACCUGGCCCCGGAUAAGCGGAAGAAAAUAAGAUGAGAUGAGAUGAGAUCAAUUUAGUUUUCCAAGGAUUGGUGUCGGCUUUCUCCUCUCGCUGAAAAUGUAUCAUUUUCCACUUUUUACAUUCCUUUGGAACAAAUUUGGCAAUAUUAUUUUUCUACACUGUUUUGCAUAUACUGUGUUUUUUUCCUGAGAGACCGAAACAGAUCAAUUUUAUUU